AUGGAGUGCAGCGAUCAGUUAACCCUGCCGUUGCUGUUUGCCGUGGGGACUGCUGUGAUUGGCUCGUUACAGUUCGGCUACAACACUGGCGUCAUCAACGCCCCUCAAAUCAUCAUCGAGGGCUUCUACAACGAGACGUGGACCAGCAGGUACUCGGAGCACAUCUCCCGGACCACCCUUACCACGCUGUGGUCCACCUCCGUCGCCAUCUUCUCCGUGGGCGGCAUCGUUGGCUCCUUCUCCAUGGGCCUCUUCGUCAACCGCUUUGGCAGGCGUAACUCCAUGCUAAUGGCUAACGUGCUAGCCUUCGUGGCGGCCGCCUUCAUGGGCCUGUCCAAGGCGGCGGCGUCCUGGGAGAUGCUGAUCGCGGGCCGCUUCAUCGUGGGCCUCUACUCCGGCCUGUCCACGGGCUUCGUGCCCAUGUACGUGGGGGAGAUCGCCCCCACGCCGCUGAGGGGGGCCCUGGGCACGCUUCACCAGCUGGGGGUGGUCCUCGGCAUCCUCAUAGCACAGAUCUUCGGCCUGGAGGGCCUCCUGGGGAACGCGUCCCUGUGGCCCCUCCUGCUGGGCUUCACCUGCGUCCCGGCACUGGUGCAGUGCGUGCUGCUGCCCUUCUGCCCCGAGAGCCCCCGCUUCCUCCUCAUCAACCAGAACCAGGAGAGCAAGGCGCGAAGCGUGCUGGAGAAGCUGCGUGGUACUGAGGACGUGCGUGACGACAUGCAGGAGAUGCAGGAGGAGAGCCGGCAGAUGGCGAGGGAGCCGGCCGUGACCAUCCCGGAGCUGUUCACCACGCCGGCCUACCGCCAGCCCAUCUUCAUCGCCAUCAUGCUGCAGCUCUCCCAGCAGCUGUCCGGUAUCAACGCUGUGUUCUACUACUCCACGGGGAUCUUCCUGCGUGCGGGGGUCCCACAUCCCGUGUACGCCACCAUCGGGGCGGGCGUGGUCAACACCGCCUUCACCGUCGUCUCGCUGUUUAUUGUGGAGCGUGUGGGCAGGAGAUCUCUACAUCUGGUCGGCCUGAUGGGCAUGGCUGUGUCUGCCGUGCUCAUCACCAUCGCCAUGGCACUACUGGACCAACUGUCGUGGAUGUCCUACGUUAGCAUCGCGGCCAUCUUCUGCUUCGUGGCCUUCUUUGAGAUCGGCCCGGGGCCCAUCCCCUGGUUCAUCGUGGCGGAGCUCUUCAGCCAGGGGCCCCGGCCGGCAGCCAUGGCCGUGGCCGGCUUCUCCAACUGGUCCGCCAACUUCCUUGUAGGCAUGGGCUUCCAGUAUGUGGAGCAACUGUGUGGCCCCUACGUCUUCAUCAUCUUCACGGUGCUGCUCCUGGGCUUCUUCGUGUUCACCUACCUCAAGGUGCCGGAGACCAAGGGUCGCACCUUCGACGAGAUUGCGUCGAGCUUCCGUCACUCCGCGUCGGGCGAGUCGUUUGGGAAGUACACCACAGAGGAGUUCAACAGCGACAUCUAGAGGUCUGGGGUCUGGACGUGUUGGAAACAGUUAAACAGAAAUGUUUUGAUUCUUAUUUUUUUAUUGCAGUUCUACACAUCAUGCACUGUUCAAAUAAGAUUGUAUUAAAAGCUUGCGUUAUAGAUCACAAUGUUUACUAGGUAAGCAACCUUUAUCCCAGUUCGGCCUACAUUAUUCCUUGCUACAUUGCAAGAAUGCCAAGUUGAAUCAGAAUGAGCACCUUAGCACGCUAGGGAAUUUAAUACAUGAAUCGUUUAUUGUAUAAUAAUAUGGUUAUUUAUUGGAUUCAGGAUAAUUUAAGAGUGAAGAAAAGACAAGGGUUAGGAGCAUAAGAGAAGAGUGUAAAACUGGUCUCAUGUGUUUCCAUUGGAAAGUCAAUUUUCUUGUGAGGUUCCAAAUUAAAUUGAAUUUACACUGUUGUAAGAUUAGUCCCUUAACUUUUGAAGAAUUCAGCAGUCUCUUUUGCUCUAGAUUUAAUGGAUCAUGUAUACAUCGUUUGUAUUAUGUAUGUGUUAUUCAUCAUUUGUAUUAUUUAUUUUGUUUAUGUGAAAGAGUCAUUCGUUUUUUCAUCAUCAGAUCUUCUUGGAAUAUUUCGUCCAUUAAACAUAAGGAAUGUAUUGGUAUCAUUAGGUAAAAGCUCUUGAUCAGCACUUUAAAUAGUAUUGGUUUUUGCUCAUAGUAAUCAUGAUCACAAUACGUUCAAUAU